GAUCUUUGGCCUCUCCUCAACGAUAAGGAAAAGCAAACACCCAAUCCCCAAAUCCCCACAUAAUAAACCCCAUCUAUUUCUUCUCUAUCACUGCCACUGAUUCAUUCCUUACUCGAUUAUUCAACAAUGGCUUCUGCAGCAUCACCCACCACUCUCUCACUCAUCCCCACAACUUCUUCGUCUUCCACUACCUCCCGUAGCAGCCCCACUGUUCGCCUGCCUUCUCGCUUUCUGCGUUCCCCACUUCGUGGCCUUGGAUUCGCCGCCGCUGAUCCCCUUUUCUCUGCACAUGUAGCCUCCAAGCUCCAAUCCCUCAAAACCUCCGCCAGACCAAUCACAGGCGUUGUCUCUAUGGCCAAGAGGAGCGUUGGAGACCUCUCUCCUGCCGAUCUAAAGGGCAAGAAGGUGUUCGUUAGGGCUGAUUUGAAUGUGCCAUUGGACGACAGUCAGAAUAUCACAGAUGAUACAAGAAUCAGAGCCGCCGUCCCAACCAUCAAGCACUUGAUCAGCAAUGGUGCUAAAGUCAUCCUUUCUAGUCAUUUGGGUAGGCCAAAAGGUGUGACUCCCAAGUACAGCCUGGCUCCUCUUGUUCCUAGACUAUCGGAACUGAUUGGUGUUGAGGUUGUGAAGGCGGAUGACUGUAUUGGUCCAGAUGUGGAGAAGCUGGUGGCUUCACUUCCUGAUGGUGGUGUUCUUCUUCUUGAAAACGUAAGGUUUUACAAGGAGGAAGAAAAGAAUGAUCCUGGAUUUGCAGAAAAGCUUGCUUCACUAGCGGAUCUUUAUGUAAAUGAUGCUUUUGGAACUGCCCAUAGAGCCCAUGCCUCAACUGAGGGAGUCACAAAGUUCUUGAGGCCAUCUGUUGCUGGUUUCCUUUUGCAAAAGGAACUGGAUUAUCUUGAUGGGGCAGUUUCAAACCCAAAAAGGCCAUUUGCUGCCAUUGUUGGGGGUUCAAAGGUGUCAUCCAAGAUUGGAGUGAUCGAGUCCCUUCUUGAAAAAUGUGACAUAUUGCUUUUAGGUGGGGGUAUGAUCUUCACAUUUUACAAGGCACAAGGGCUUUCAGUAGGAUCCUCAUUGGUGGAAGAAGACAAGCUUGAUCUUGCAACCACACUCCUUGCAAAGGCCAAGGCAAAAGGCGUCUCCCUCUUGCUACCAACAGAUGUCGUCAUUGCUGACAAGUUUGCACCUGAUGCAAACAGCAAGAUUGUGCCAGCAUCAGCUAUCCCUGAUGGCUGGAUGGGCCUAGAUAUUGGACCGGAUUCUGUCAAGACUUUCAAUGAUGCCUUGGAAACCACCAAAACUGUCAUCUGGAAUGGACCAAUGGGAGUCUUUGAGUUUGACAAAUUUGCAGUUGGAACAGAGGCAGUUGCAAAGAAACUGGCUGAACUUAGUGGAAAGGGGGUGACUACAAUCAUUGGAGGUGGAGAUUCAGUGGCGGCUGUCGAGAAAGUUGGAGUGGCGGAAGUGAUGAGUCACAUCUCAACAGGUGGUGGUGCAAGUUUGGAGUUGUUGGAAGGAAAAAUACUCCCUGGUGUUGAUGCUCUUGACGAGGCAGUUGCUGUUCCUGUGUAAUAAAAUCUGAUUUCAUUUUUUUUUUAAUGGUUACAAACAAAAACAUGAGUUUGGUGUAGAUGUUUAUCAUAAAUUUAAGGUCGUGUUUUGUGUUCCCAAAAACAGCGGUGACCUUCAAGAUCUUAAUAUAUAUUAUUGGCUUUUCGUAUAAA